AUGAACCCCGCUUUCCCCCCGGAGGCGCCCCCGGAGCCCCCCAAGCCCCCUGCGGGCUCCUCCUCGGCUCCGCUGCCCUACGGUUACUUCGGCAGCGGAUUCUACUCGUGCCGCGUGGCCCGCGGCUCGCUCAAGGCCGGCCCGGCCCACCAGGGACCCUUCCCGGUGGGCGACAAAUUCCUGGAGGCUCCCGGGGGCGGCGAGGAUUUCCAGAGCCGCCCCGCAGAGUUCGCCUUCUACCCGGGCUACGGAGCGCCCUACCCGCCCGUGGGCGGCUUCCACCUGGACGUGGCCGUGCUGGGCGAGCCCCGCGCCGAGGGGCUGCUGGCCCAGGAGCCCGGGGGGUGCCCCCAGGCCUGGCACGGCUGGGCAGGGCAGGUGUGCUGUGCCAAGGAGCAGGGCCAGCCCGGCUUCCUGCUGAAACCCGCCUGCGCAGAGGCGGCGGGCCCGUGUCCCGCGGAGGGCUGCGCGCUGCGGCGCGGCCGCAAGAAGCGCGUUCCGUACAGCAAGGCGCAGCUGCGGGAGCUGGAGCGGGAGUUCUCCGGGAGCCGCUUCAUCACCCGCGAGCGCCGCCGCCGCAUCGCCGCCGCCACCGGCCUGAGCGAGCGCCAGGUCACCAUCUGGUUCCAGAACCGCCGCGUCAAGGACAAGAAGGUGCUGGCCAAGGGCAAGGCCGGAGCCGGCGGCACCCCCUGA